AUGCAUAUUUCAAAGCACAUGCAUGCUUGCGACCGGUAUAACUUCAGCACCCUUGCUGCCUCAAUCCAAAUGGCUACUUUACAAUUAACCAAGGAGUCUCACAAGGACCCCGCCAAGUUUCGGAUCACGUAUGAAGACGCAAAUAGGGUGCUUGGAGAGAAAAAGACAUGGGCGCGAGCUGAUGGACCUGCGUUGAAAACCCUGUCCAAGGUUGCCAUAAUUGGCGGUGGAUUUGGAGGUAUUGCUGCUGCCAUGAGAUUCAAGAAACAAAUGAAGGAAGAAGAUUUUGUGAUCUUUGAAAAACACGAUCAAUUUGGCGGAACUUGGUGGGCAAAUACAUACCCAGGAUGUGCCUCGGAUAUACCUGCUUUAUGGUACUCUUUUUAUGAUGAGCUUAACAAGAACUGGAGUGAGCUCCAGCCUCCACAGUACGAGAUGGAGGAGUAUAUCUUGCAAGUGGUGAAAAAGUACAAGCUUGAAGAGAAGGCAAGGUGCAAAAGUGCCAUCGAAAAAUUUGUGUGGGAUGACGAGAAUAGCGAAUGGGUACUUCAUGGUGUUAAUCUUGAAAACGGUCAAGCAAUUGAGCACAGGUCCAAGAUAGUGGCUCUGGCUCGCGGAGGCUUGGUUAUGCCCAACCAAUUCCGGGCCAAAGGGUUGGAAAAUUUCAAAGGUGUAUAUAUGCAUUCUGCACUUUUCAACCACGAUGUUUCCUUCAAGGGAAAAAAAGUUGUGGUUAUUGGAAAUGGAUGUUCAGGCAACCAAUUGGUUCCAGCAUUGGUCAAGGACUAUGAACCUGAAAGUGUGGUGCAAAUUGUUCGUUCCAAGCACUAUAUCAUGCCUCCACUUCCCUCGGCUCUCCACAAGCUUUACCAGCUACUUCUGUUUUCCAGAAUUGGUUUGGUGAUUGUUCGACUUCUUAUUGUGUUUGGAGCGGAAUUGAGGUACCCCAUGUAUGCUGGCGACGGUUUUUUUGCAAGGUUGAUCCGCCGAGCUUGCACCAGAGCAUCAUUGAGGUACAUGAACAAGUAUUGUCCUGACGAGUACAAGCAGUACAUCAUUCCCGACUAUAAGAUCGGGUGCAAAAGAAUCAUUUUCGACAAGUAUUAUAUGCCAAUUCUUCGUGAUUCUCGACUUCGAAUCCAAGGUGGAGAUAUUAGCCAUAUCGAAGAACAUGGUGUGGUCAUGAAGGAUGGAACCAAAGUGCCUGCGGACAUCAUAGUGGCCUGUACCGGCUACGAUAUCAAGGAAAAUGCACUUUCCGCUAAAAUUAUUGGCAGAAAUGGAAAAGAUGUGGGAGAAUUAUGGGACGAAGAAGGUGGAAUUUCAGCUUAUGAAACCACCAUGAUCAAAGGGUGUCCCAAUAUGUUCCUUGUUGCCGGACCCAAUUCUGCUACCGGACAUGCAUCCGUGGUGAUGGCUAUAGAGAAUUGCUGUAGUUACAUUAUGAAGGUAACUCAACCUAUUCUUGCUGGAAAAUAUGCUUCAGUGGAGGUUCUGCCCAAGGCAUAUGACAAUUGGUUUGUAACCGUACAAAAGAAAUUGUCCACAGCGGUAUUUGGAACCAAGUUUGGUGGCUGUGUAUCGUGGUAUACUGAGGAAGGAGUGAAUCUGACUGCUUAUCCAUGGUCGCAGAUUGUCUAUUGGUGGAGAAUGAACCAUCCAAAGUGGAAUGAGCUUGUGUAUGAAAAGCCGAAGCAAAAAUAG